UUGAAAUCGUUACCAUAUCGCAUAUUAAAUUUUAUUUAAUAUGAAAUUCACAUUUUAUUGCCUUUUAGGCUUAUUCUUGAUAACGAAUCAGACUGACGCAAUACCAUCAUCACAUCGUGGAAUUGAGAUAGUUCUCAACACUGUAUUUGGACAAGUUUCUUCUUUAUAUAAACAAAUUCAGCUGGUUAUCUUACAACUAUCAAAUGUUGCUGAAGCUGGAAUUCGACAAAUAGAAGAAGAUUUUAUUAAAGCUGCUAUUAAUAUUUCAGACUUAGUUAAUGAUUUUGGAGAUUCUGCCAGACAAUGUAUUAAGAAGUACUGGAAAUCUUUAGAAAUCGCGAAAGCAGAAUUAAAAUCUAAUAUUUUAGAGUGCUCAAAAUCAGUUAAAAAGCAAGGCACAAAAAUAACGGAUAUUCUACAGAAACAACAAAGGGAAAUCGAGGAAAGUUCAAAAGCAUUUUAUGAAACUAUAAAUGAAUGCUUAGAAUUUAAAUCUGGCCAAAUUGUAGAAUGUAUUUUUUAUAAAAUGGGUGAACUUAAGAAUAUUGCCAGCCGUGUUACUCUUUCUACAGAACAAUCGUUAAAAAAAUCAGUAGACGAUACAUCAAAAAUUUCUAAAGAGGGAAAUGAAUGCAUACGUGGUGCUUUAGACAAAUUUGCACAAAUUCAAAAAAAUACUAGCUCUAAAAUAAGAGACUGUGUUAAAGAUUCUUGGACAGAUUAUUACUGA